AUGUGGACAGUGAAGGUGAUUGGCCUCAGUGCACUGGCUGUCUCUGUCUCUGUGGAGUUGCUCUGCUGGCUUCGUCAAAGAUAUAAAGCAAGAAGAACACUCAAUGAAGUCAUAUUUUUCCCCUCUGAGUUGGCUUGUGUGGAGCAUCUCUUUAGUCCUUCACUAGCUUUUGCCUGUUACUGUGCGUUGCCUCAUGGUAUUGAGACAUCCUUUUCACGUCUUCUCCGCCAUAUCCUGUCAGCCUCCUCCUCUUUGGACCUGUGUGUUUUUGCCUUCUCAAACAUGGCCCUGGCCAGGGCAGUUCUAGCACUGCAUGAAAAGGGUGUCAUCAUACGUGUGCUCAGUGACAAAGACUACGUUGCCAUCACCGGCUCCCAGAUCGGGCCCCUUCGCAAGGCAGGCAUCUGUGUGCGCUGUGGACUGGGCUCCAUGUACACGUACAUGCAUCACAAGUUUGCUGUGGUGGACGGCAGCCUGCUCAUUACUGGCUCCCUCAACUGGACACUGACCGCAGUGCAGGCGAAUAUGGAGAACCUCAUCGUCACCACGGAGCCUGAGCUGCUGAGGCCGUUCAUCCAGGAGUUUAAUCGACUGUGGCGACUCUAUGACCCGGCACAAACCUGUAGCGUGACUGCGGUGGUUCAUGUGAAUCAUCGAGAGGAAAGGAUGAAGAUGAGACACAUGGUAGUCGUGUUGUUUUAUUUUGAAGCCCCGAGGUGGAAGCUGCUCUGUAGUUUCUGUGGAGGACGGUGGAGUCGGAGGUUUUUGCUGCUGAAUGUUGAGUCCGAGCAGCACCAGCACGACGCGAGGCUCCGCGCACAUCCAGAGAUGGCUUCUGCCCGAGAGCCAGGACAGCAGAGCCAGGAGCAGAGGGAUGAUGCGGACCAGAACUUUGACUACAUGUUUAAACUGUUGCUAAUCGGCAACAGUAGUGUAGGAAAAACCUCCUUUCUCUUCCGAUACGCGGAUGAUUCGUUUACUUCGGCUUUUGUCAGCACUGUUGGCAUCGACUUCAAAGUCAAAACCAUCUACAGAAAAGACAAGAAGGUCAAACUACAGAUCUGGGACACGGCGGGGCAGGAGCGUUACCGCACCAUAACCACAGCCUACUACAGAGGGGCCAUGGGCUUCCUGCUCAUGUAUGACAUCACCAGCCAGAACUCCUUCUGCGCCGUGGAGGACUGGGCAACCCAGAUUAAGACCUACUCCUGGGACAACGCACAGGUUGUGCUGGUGGGCAACAAGCUGGACUUGGAGGAGGACAGACAGGUCCCCACAGCGGAGGCGCGGAGGCUGGCCACAGAGCUGGGAUUCCUGUUCUUCGAGGCAAGUGCCAAAGACAACGUCCAGGUCAAGCAGGUGUUCGAUGGUCUGGUGGAUGUCAUCUGUGAAAGGAUGGAUAGUGGAUUGGACGGAGACACUGCUCUGGCUGAUGUGGCUGAUGUGGCUCCUGAGGGCCUCCCCCCAGAUCAGGGGGCUCAGAAGGGCUGCGCAUACCUCCCCCAAAACGCUGUGUGUGAAACUCGUGAGCAAAUAAAGGAAGCUUAUGACACAUGCGGCGACACAGACCUCCAGACUCUCAACGCCAACGACCUGAGCAGAGCCCACGUAUAUUGUGCCAAGAUGUGUUGUACAGGCUUACUCAAGACCAUGAUGUUCAUUUUCAAUGGCGUCAUCUUUCUGGCAGGCGCGGCCAUCUUGGCAGUGGGCAUCUGGGUGCAGGUGGACAGCGGCUCCCUCCUGUCCAUUCUGGGGGACAUAAAAGAUGCCCCCCCUGGCUUGGACCAGCUCGCUAAUGUCAGCUACCUGCUCAUCGCCGUGGGAGCCGUGCUGCUGGUGAUUGGGUUCCUGGGCUGUUGUGGCGCGGUGAAGGAGAGCCGCUGCAUGCUGCUCACGUUCUUCAGUAUCGUGCUGAUCCUCUUCAUCAUCGAGGUGGCAGCAGCUAUUGUGGUGCUUGUGUUCGAUGAUCUGGCUGAACAACUCCUCAAAGGUCUGGAAGUUGAAGUGAGGGAAGACAUCACCAACAACUAUGGAAAUAAUAAUCAAACUACAGGACUUUGGAAUAACACAAUGGAACAGUUCAAGUGCUGUGGCUUUGCAAACUACACUGACUUUGAAAAUUCUACAUUUGUGAGUGACUUUCGCCGGUAUCCGACUCCGUGCUGUAACGCCACCUACAUUGAUGGUGGCCCGUGUUUGUUAUCAGGAGCAAAGGACUCGAAAAUUACAGGCUGUUUUGAGACGUUGCUGGAGUUUAUCAAGGAAAACGCAGUGAUUGUUGCUGGUGUGGCUCUAGGUAUCGCUGUUCUCGAGAUUGCAGCUAUGGUGGUCUCUAUGGUUCUGUACAAGGACAUCGGCCGAAAGGCGUAG